AUGAGCUCCACUACGGAGAAUCCUCUGCUACCGCGGCCCCUAGAGAAAAGUUAUUUCCUGAAAAUGGAUGCGUCUACCGAGGCUGGUGUUUACAAGAAAGAACUUUACAGUCGUUUGAUGGCCUCCAUCAAUGCGACCAUGUGCCAUGAGCAACCGGAUGGAAUACUGUACUGCCCCAAUCACACUGGAGGUCCGGUUUGGGUCCGCAACGUCUAUCCACCGAUACAGGAGCUCCAACCCAAAGUGCUCAUCGUGGUCGUCGUUUUUGUACUUUGCUUCAUUGUUGGAGUAUGUGGAAACUCAUCAAUCAUCACCAUCAUUCGAGGGGUUGUGGAGGAUCGGAGGAAAAGAAUGAAGCGUCAUGGGGACAACGCAAUCCUCUACAUCGGUGCUCUAUGUGUCUGCGACUUUGUGAUGUCGCUCUCCCUCCCCCCAGCCAUUCUGGACUCUGUAAUCGGAUUCUGGAUCUUCGGUACCACUAUGUGCAAAGUGCAUCAUGUCUUCGGAAGUGUCGGUCGUAUAGCAUCAACCUUCUUGAUCACUGCAAUGUCAUUCGAUAGAUACGUGGCAGUUUGUUAUCCCCAUCAACAUCGUCUCCGAAGCCGUACCUUUGUCGUCUCAACUAUCGUCUGUCUCUCUGCAAUCGCAUUCGUUCUUCUCCUCCCAAUGCUCACCUAUGCUAGUGCUAAAGAAAUGGUGCUUCAUGAGCUGAAGGCUCACGAGUCAGCCAACAUCACCAGAGUUCGAGUCUUCAAGUGCUCCGAUAUGAUGCCUGGACCUAUUUUCUACUGGUUCACUUCAACUACCUUCAUUCUUGGCUACGUGGUCCCACUCAUCCUUAUCGUUUACUUCAAUCUGAAGCUCAUCAACAAGUUGUAUGCCCAUAAGCGAGUCCUUCCUCGCUCUGCCAUCCCAGUUCGCCGUGUUGUCGUCUACACCGUCCUAAUUGCUGCGGUCUAUUUCGUGUGCUGGACUCCAUACUGGUUCUCCGUACUCUAUGCAAUCAUAAUGUCUCUUCUUGGAAAACCGACCACUAACUCGGAAUGGGUGUUGUUUGCUAUUUACUGUGUCCACUUGCUUCCAUACUUUGGCUCUUCGAGUAACUGGAUUUUGUAUGGACUUUUGAAUACGCAAUUGCAGAUGAAGAACGACAUUGGAGAUGAUGGCCAAAGUAUCAUGACCACCAACGGUGUUCCAGAUUUGCCGAGAAGAUCAACAUCGCGUGGAAUUUGUGAUGGUGCCUCAACGUCUCGUUCUCUACCUGCUGCUAGCAACCCACAGUGGCAAGUUGAUCCUAUGCUAACACGUGGAAACUCUGAUACAAGUAUGGUAUUCUAUCAAGACACUGAACAAACACAUCUCUAG